AUGGGGGAUUUCUCCGACGAGAGCCAACCCGGCUCGCCUAUUCUUGAUGGCAACAAUGCUCAAGACUUCGAUGAUCAGGAACCUUUGGACAAGCCCCUCAAAUCAGCUAUGAAGAAGUCCGCUCCUCCUGUGCUUGAGAAGAAGCGCCCUGAGCUCCCUGAGCAGCCCGAGCCCUCCACUGUCGAUCUGUCAAAGUUGACUCCUCUGUCGCCCGAAAUCAUUGCCCGUCAAGCCACUAUCAAUAUCGGUACCAUCGGACACGUCGCUCACGGGAAAAGUACCGUUGUCAAGGCUCUCUCCACAGUCCAGACAGUUCGCUUCAAGAACGAAUUAGAGCGCAACAUUACAAUCAAGCUCGGUUACGCCAACGCCAAGAUUUACAAGUGUGACAACCCCGAAUGCCCUCGUCCAACUUGCUACAGGAGUUAUGGCAGUGAGAAGGAGGUUGACCCGCCUUGCGAGCGGGAGGGCUGCAGUGGAAAAUACCGCCUGGAGCGUCAUGUCUCUUUCGUCGAUUGCCCUGGGCACGAUAUUCUGAUGAGCACCAUGUUGUCAGGCGCUGCGGUCAUGGACGCCGCUUUGCUUUUGAUCGCCGGAAACGAAACCUGCCCCCAGCCCCAAACUUCAGAGCACUUGGCUGCUAUCGAGAUCAUGAAGCUCGAGCACAUUGUUAUUCUGCAGAACAAGGUCGACCUGAUGCGUGAGGACAACGCCUUGCAGCACUAUCAGUCGAUUCUCAAGUUCAUCCGUGGUACCGUGGCCGAUAACAGCCCGAUUAUUCCUAUUUCUGCUCAGUUGAAGUACAACAUUGAUGCCGUCUGUGAAGCUCUUAUCUCCCGUAUCCCUGUUCCUUUGCGCAACUUCGAGGCUUCUCCCCACAUGAUGAUCAUUCGUUCAUUCGAUGUCAACAAGCCCGGUGCCGAGAUUGAAGAGCUCAAGGGAGGCGUUGCUGGUGGAUCUAUCCUCAACGGUGUUAUCAAGGAGGGCGACGAGAUCGAGAUUCGCCCCGGUCUGGUCACCAAGGACGAGAGCGGAAACAUUCAGUGCCGACCCAUCAUGAGCAAGAUCGAAUCGCUGUUUGCUGAACAGAACCCCCUCAAGCUUGCUGUUCCUGGAGGCCUUAUUGGUGUGGGAACUCGAAUUGAUCCUACUCUUUGCCGAGCCGACCGUCUGGUUGGUUUCGUGCUUGGUCACCGUGGCCGUCUCCCUGCUAUCUACAACGAGAUCGAAGUCAACUACUUCUUGCUCCGUCGCCUCCUCGGUGUCAAGACCGCUGAUGGAAAGCAAGCUAAGGUCGCCAAGCUUGCUAAGAACGAGGUUCUCAUGGUGAACAUCGGCAGUACUGCCACUGGUGCCAAGGUUCUAGGUGUCAAGGCUGAUGCUGCCAAGCUCAGCCUGACCAGCCCUGCAUGCACUGAGAUCAACGAAAAGAUCGCCAUCUCACGGAGAGUCGACAAGCACUGGCGUUUGAUCGGAUGGGCCAACAUCGUGGCCGGAAACACCGUGGAGCCUAUUCAGUCCUAG